UCCCUUUGGUAUUUAGACGGAGCAAAAAAAAUACCGAAGUUAAAUGUCCAUAUAGUUUAUGCUUUGGUAUUUGAUGAUGAUGAUGAUGAUAACCCAUUAUAAAUUGAACGAAUUCCAACAAAAUCGGCGUUAGAUAUGUAUUCAAGAUUUUUAUAUCAAUCAUAAUCAUAUGGAGAUUUAUAUUUUUUAUUUAUAUAGUUUAUGCUUUGGAAUUCAGUAUUUAUUUUUUAUUUUAUUGGAAGGGAGACAGCAAGAUCUCGCAUUUAAGUUUUUUGUUAGAAAAAAAUAAUAAUUCGGCCGUUUGUGUGUGAAUGUAAUGGAAUGUAUGGUUUGGUUCACAUCUGUAACGGGCCGUCCAGAGUCUCACAUGUGAUUUCUAGGGUUUCGAUUUGUCCUGCUCCUCCCCCCCCCCUCCGUUGACUCUGCCACUCUCCAAUCCACUGUCCGACCAGAUCCUCUUCCUUGUCCGCCGGAAUUCAGGAUAAAAGGGUCCUCCUUGGUCAAUUUGAGAGAAAUGGCAUGGCAUGCUUUAUCUUAGUUUAAAAGGGUUCACACUACGAUAUCCAUGGAGUGUUAAGAAGUCAAGCCCAGAAAUUUCAAGAGUUUUGGAAUUGGAGGAUUAUAGGUGACACUGCUGGAUGUUUCAGACGAGCAAGGUUCUCAAUGCUAAUCUAGCUUGCCGUAGCUCACUAGUUCCUGGCCAUCGUUUAGAUCUUACCCCGAUGGAACCGAUCAAUGGAGGGAACAAUGCCAAUAACAAUCCUAGUCUUGCAUCCAAACAACGAUUGCGUUGGACGCAUGAGCUUCAUGAACGUUUCGUCGAUGCGGUAGCACAACUUGGUGGCCCUGAUAGAGCUACACCUAAAGGUGUGCUCAGAGUUAUGGGUGUACAAGGACUAACGAUAUAUCAUGUUAAGAGUCACUUACAGAAAUAUCGCCUGGCAAAGUAUCUGCCAGAUUCCUCAUCUGAAGGGAAAAAAACGGAGAAGAAAGAAUCAGGAGAUAUGCUAUCUGGUUUAGAUGGUUCAUCGGGAACACAAAUAACUGAAGCUCUCAAAUUGCAGAUGGAGGUUCAGAAACGAUUGCAUGAGCAGCUAGAAGUACAAAGGCAACUGCAACUACGGAUAGAAGCACAGGGAAAGUACUUGAAGAAGAUAAUUGAAGAGCAACAGCGACUGAGUGGAGUUCUGGGCGAACCAUCAGCCCAAGGGACAGGUGAUAACUUCCCGGAGAGGGAUAACAACAAUGAUCCCGUGACGCCCGCCCCGACUUCCGAGUCUCCUAUCCAAGAAAACUCUGGAAAGGAAGGUGGCCAAGAAAAGAGUCUUUCAGUUGAUGAAUCUCUUUCAUCUUAUCGCGAGCCUUUGACACCAGAUUCUGGGUGUAACUAUGAUUCUACCCACGAGAGCCCUAGAGGCGAAGAAGAGAGGUCAUCGAAGAAACCACGGUUAGCGAGAGGUGCAGUGGGUGAUUCACCAGAUGUGGUAGCGGCUCCGCCACCGAUAUUGGAGUCAGGCCUCAACACUUUGUAUCAUCAGAAGACAAAGCCUCCUGCAUUUGUCUUGAAAGGACAAUUUGAUCAUCCAUCUGGUUCAUUGGUGGGGAGAAGUGAAGAUGGGUUGGACAAGGUUUCUGGUGAGAAUCUAACCUAGUUCGUUUUGUAGCUGAGAUGAGAAACCACACACUGAUGUUGUCCAUUGCAACAUAUGCUUGUAGCAAUUAAUAUAUGCUGUGUUGUACUCUUGAUACUUGAAAAAAAAAACUUUUGUAAGAUAUGAUCGGCAAGAACCGCCUAUAUGUCUUGUAUAUUUUUUUCAUUGGAGAGAGAUUUGAAUUC